CCUAGACGCGUCUCACACCGAGAUCAGUCGCGUCAGGGUCCAACUUCCUGAUCGUCCAAACCCACCCAUCCCAGCUUCUUGGUUCUUUUCUGCAAAAUUGAAGACUCGAUUCUCCCACCUCUCUCUUGUACUCUCCCACCCUUCAUCACGGUAAAUAUGGAUUGGGACGAGGAUGCAAGCAAAUACGACCCAGAGCAGUCGCUCGCGGAGCGUCGUGAGAUUCAGCAGAGCAUCCGCGACCUCGAGAGAGACAUGCAUGAGAAUGCAGAGGCCUACAUGCAGGUCGGGUCUACCAAAGUCUCGGAAGCCCUCGCCCGCCUCGAGGAUAUCAACAAGAAGAUCAAACAGACCGCCGAAGCUGCUAUCGAUUCCAAAGCCCUCGUCACGCUGGCCGAUCUCCAGAGCCGUAGGCUGCAGAAAUUGACCGCCGGGAACCUGGGCAAUGGCAUUGACACGGAUGAGUUCGUAUCCAAGUGUAUCACGUACAUGCGCCGAGGCGCUGGCAUAGUGGACGGCGCAGACGAGGAGCUAUCACACACCCAGCGCAACCGUCGGGUCGGUGCGCAACGAGGCGCGAUUGGAUCCGAUGAUGACGCCUCGGACGACGAGGAGGGCGGUGACAUGAUGGACUGGGCGCAUCUCGGCCGGUACGCCUGUGUUCCCAACGUACGAAGACCAGCACUGUCGGGUUUCUUGCUUGGACCCCUGUCGGUGCAAAAGAAGGUUCGCAAGCUGGUUACAAGGACAGCGCCCCUGCGGCUACGCGACCUACAGGAGGUUCGACCUGAGGUGUUAAAUACAGAGGACCUCGCAAAGAACGAAAACGACCUCACGGCAAUAUGCAAUAAGAUCUUGAAACAGCUCAAGUCUGUGAGAGGCACGGCAAUACAGGAACUUCAGAAGAUGCAAGAUGACGACAGCAUCGAUGAUGAGCAGAUGGAAAGGGCGAUGGAAGUACUGGGCAUCACCGAAACAGGCAACAUAGACCUGGUACGAUUCUGCAUUAACCCCAGGUCCUUCGGCCAGACAGUGGAGAACAUGUUCUACGUGAGCUUUUUGAUUCGCGAGGGAAUGGUGGAGGUGCAUUACGAGGAAAAUGGGCUGCCGUCUCUUUGCCCUUCCAGUGCUGGUGAAAGAGGACAACCGUCGAAUUCCGUGUCUAAUCACGGGACCAUGAAGCGGCAGGCAAUUAUGUCAAUUGAUAUGCCGACGUGGAGAGAUCUCAUACAAGCCUUUAACAUCAAAGAGCCCAUGAUCGAACACAGGCAAGAGUCGCAAACACAAGGUCCAGGAGCGCGGGGUUGGUACAGCUGACCUAGCAGGCUGGCAGGCUAGCAAGGCAUUACACAAUUGCUUGCGGCACGCCCAAUCUUGCGGAGCAUCAGGCAGUCAUGGCCGCCGGAUUUGGAGAAAAGGCGUUUGGCGUUUGGGAAAGAGCUGGUCAGAAUUACACGCAGCCAGCCAUCAAAGGUAUCGUGGUGUGUUGCGGGACUACUUGUUUGUUGACGAGCAUCUUCUCAAGAGGCACCACUUCCGUGCGCUAUUUGGCCGGCGGUAUUGAUUUCGGCUGCAGGCCAUGCAUCCCGUCUUAUGGGCUCAAAUCCAGAAAAUGCCACGACAGGAUGCAAACUUCUUUCACGUGCGAUGAGCUGCAUCAAGUGACUUUUCGGGUUGAUGGCCGGAUCCGUUGACAAUGGCUUGUCGCGGACGGGACGCCCCUUGCGUUCAUACGCACAACACAAAGCUGCCAGUCCUGCCUUCCACUCCGCCGCCCGUCCGAAUAGCCGUUUUCGUUCAAUUUCCCUCUGAUGUACUGCAUCGGGAGCGCUCUUUUAUCCUCAACGUGCGACUACAUGUUUACAGGACAAUGGGAUGGUGCAACGGCAUAAGAGGGUCCCGAGGUCUUCGGGCAGCGAAGCACCAAGAAGCGUGGCGCGUUCACUGGUCCAAAGCUUUUUGUUCAAGGCCGUGAGAGUUGUCUGCGGGUGAAUUGUUGCAGAAUAUCUGCACCCAGCGACCAACUGGCGUCAAACACCAUUCUUAACAGUCGCGAUGUCGAAUACAGGCGGUGAUGAUGGCGAAGGAGACACACGGCCGCCUCAUGACCUUCAGGAUGUGGGCCACGAAGACGACGACCCGGCUUCUGUUGUAGGCGAUGGUCCGCCUCCUGAGCCCACGGUCGCCCCUGAACGAAAUUCGGACACAGAGGGCACACGAGGCACAACUGUUACAGAGGAGGCGCAGCAAGCGGGAAGUCAUGCGAGCACUAGCAACGAGCCCCAAAUGUCCAACACGCCGAUAACGUCUGGAUCUCCGCCUGCUUCACUUGCGCAGGAGCCAGAAAACCCCAUUCCUGUGCCACCAGGCGAUGAGUCAGAGCCUCCCGGUCCUGGACCACCAAGCGACGAGCUCAUAGGCCCCACCCGCGCAAGGAUCAAUAGCCAAAGCAACAGUUCGCAAGGGAGCGCAGAAUCAGCCCAUGGAGGAGGCAAUAAUCGCCCCGGCCUGACACGUAGCCAUACUGGGGUUUCAAUCACAGGCGAUCUUGGCGAUCUUCUCCGUGACAUAGGAGGGCACGAGGGCCCUACGCCUCUUGGUGUGCCACGCGGUCUGCCCAGCCCUUCGAGGCCCAGCCCUUCGAGGCCCAGCCCUUCGAGGCCAGGAAGGGCGGGUGGGAACUCAGAGGAUCUACCUGCCGUAGAUCCUGAAUGGGAGAUCCGGAGACGAAACCGUGCUUUCCUCGAAUUAUACGACCAACUGAGGCAACAUGGCUUGGUGGGGGAUGCGCAGGAAUUCCAGAUGCGCUUAGACAGGGUCAGAGGAUGGAGGUUUCAGCUCGGCGCCGACGAGCUCGAACAAUUGGUGCACCAAGGGGUCGCAGGCAUGAGAGAUGUGAUUAGAGCAUCCACAGCAAACAUUCCGCGUGCCUUACAGGACGAGAUCAUCCGGGAAGCGCGAAGAGGAACCAUCGCAUUCAGAGACAUGGUGACAAACGCUCUCGCAGACGAGAGGAACUUUGUGGUGAACACGACCACUGAUAUGAUAACCCUAAUUGACGACGCGCCCACUCCCGGAGAGCGCCGGCGAGGCAGCUCGCGUGGCUCCAGGGCACCGUCAAUGGCGUCUAAUUCAUCUCGACCCGAGCCACUCCCUAUGACCCGCGAGGCACUUUUAAGGAAACCGAGAGACGAACUCGUGAACACAAUCCUGGGCAUGGAAGAGCAUCGCAAGGAACUCAAUGAAGAACUGAAUACGCUCGACGACACAAUGCGGAAAAUGGAGCAGGACAUCCAAGACGAAAAGGAUCGCUUGCGCACCGAGAGAAAUACAAAUGAGAGGGACUGGAAAGCGGAAAUUCGGAACCUUAAGCAGGAGAGGGAUCAUUAUAUGCAGGGAAUGAACAAAUGCGAGGCCGAGCUGGCAAUACAGCGUACCGCAAACCAGCGGCCAAGUAGAGACAAUUUCGAGUCUGGAUUCAACGAGUCCGACCGACCGGCAGCUCCGCCUCCUUUAUCCCCAGAUCGACAGUGGGCCUUCCAGACCGUGGUAUCCGUCUUGGAGAAUCUCGCGCGGCAUGAGGCGGGGAUGCGACAGGUGCAGAUGAAUGCCGGCAUUGACAUGGAAGCCUUGGAUGACAAUGUAACGCCAUUCUCAGCCAACGGGCAAUUAUCCAGAGCCUUCUUGGGGAUUCGACUACUCGAAGUCACAGAGCAAAGAGAUCUAUUCGAGCGAGAGAGGCAUGAAAUCGCACGAGAGAGAGAUGAUUGCAGGGAGAGCGAAACCCGGCUUCUGGCCCGGGUCCGGGCCCUCGUACGCGCACAAGGCUCUCCCCCGAUUCCCGCAGGAGGCCUUGGCCUUUUGGCUGGCCUGGGCGGCAUGUUCAGAAGCAGGACGAAUAGCGAAAGAUCAGACCCGCAAAAUGGCAGUGCACGAAGUCCAUCGGGUUCGCUGGUAAGCCCAAGGGCAUCGCUCCGGGAUCUCGCCACGGAAUUAGCGGGACACAACUAUGGAGGAUCGUCAGGAACGUCCAGAACGCAAACAAAUGCCAGCAGCAUACACCCAGAGGCCGACGACAGGCAGGCAGAGGCUGGUAGCAUGCAAGCACCUGGGUCCAGGAGGCAAUCAAGGGCCGGCAGCAUACACCCAGAGGCCGACGACAGGCAGGCAGAGGCUGGUAGCAUGCAAGCACCUGGGUCCAGGAGGCAAUCAAGGGCCGGCAGCAUACACCCAGAGGCCGACGACAGGCAGGCAGAGGCUGGUAGCAUGCAAGCACCUGGGUCCAGGAGGCAAUCAAGGG